AUGUCGAUGGGACCAUCAAUUAGCAAAGAGGCACUACUUUUAUUGAUAAAUAACAACACAGACUCCUCCGGUGAAGCAGCACGUAUCAACCUCUUCUCUUCUGUCCUGUUGGCGACCACCUCCCUUUUCAAACGCUCUUUCUUCUGGUGGAGACAACCUUCAACCUCUUUCUUCUGUCCUAUUGCACGUAUCAGAUUUCUAGAGUUGAAACUAAAGGAGGACAAUGCUGAUCAUCACGAUCAUUACAAGUUGCAUCCAGUCAAUUCUUCCCCUCAUUUCCCCACCACAAGAAGCGGUAAUCAACAAGGAGAUCAAUCUCUUCUUGAUUGCGACCAAGAUGAUAUAUGUAAGCUCCCUGUAGUUCAUCUUAAAUACGUUGACGACGAAUUCGAGUGCGGUGUUUGCAGAAAGUCAUGGGUCAGCACAAGCUAUUAUGCAUGUCUCGGAUGUAAGAAAAAGUUCCACAAACAAUGUGUUGAGUCUCCACUUGAGAUCAAACACCCUUCCCACAGCUUUCAUUCCCUAAGACUCUACAGUCAAGGCAUGGGUAACAAAUGCAUUUCGUGCGAUGCAAGUAUCUACAGCGAUUUGUUUUAUCAUUGCACUACCUGCGAGCUGUUUAUGCAUCCGAUAUGUGCGAUGAAGUCAAUACCAUUCGUUGAAGACCAUCCAAAAACUCAUCCCCACCCACUCACUUUUUUCCCUACACAAGCUUCUUUAGUUUGCCAUAUAUGUGGCCUGAUCAAGAACCUUGAUCCCACAUACAUCUGUGUCGAAUGUAUCUUCGUAAUCCACAAAAACUGCAUCGGUUUCCCACAUGUUAUAAGGAUAUCUCGUCACCAACAUCGUCUCUCUUUUACACCUUCUCUUCCACCUGGAGAAUUAUCUUGCGGAGUCUGCCAUAAACUGGUGGACAACAACUAUGGUGCAUACUCUUGCAGUAAAGGUGAAGCCUUUUUUGCUCACUCAAAAUGUGCGUUAAACCCAAAGGUGUGGGAUGGAAAACACCUCGAUGAAGUACCAGAAGAAGAUGAUAUAAUAGACGAUGGUGAGCCGUUCAAGAGGAUAGCUGAUGGGAUAAUACUCCAUCCUUAUCAUACUCACAAUCUGCGUCUUGAGAUCAUCAAAGCUUUUGACGAAAACAAGUAUUGCCGAGGAUGUUCAGUUCCAAUCUACGAAGGUCAAUUCUACUCAUGCAUGGAGUGCGACUUCAUCCUCCACGAGAGCUGUGCAAACGCUCCACGCAUGAAACGACAUCCUUUACGUCCACAUCCACUUACACUAGUUGCUGCCACCAUUGGACCUGGUAACAACGAAGGUAUAUUCUACUGUAGUGUUUGUUCUUAUUAUGGUACUGGCUUCUUCUAUGAGGAUAAGAUAGGAGACACAGUGUUCCGGCUAGACUUACGUUGUGCCUCCAUUACUGAACCAUAUCAAUAUCAAGGCCACAAACAUCCUUUGUUCCUGCCUUUGGAGCCCUCGAGAGAGGCACGCUGUCAAACGUGCAAAUACCAAAGCUACGAUUGGAAAAUAAACUAUUGCAUCGAAUGUGAUUAUAUCAUAUGUUUCCGUUGCGCUACCUUGCCGUACAAGGUAAGGUACAAGCAUGACGAUCAUUUCCUCACGAUUUGCGAUGGGAAAGAGGCAGGUGAUGAACCAGAUUGGUGUGAGAUUUGCGAAGGCAAGAUAGAGGAAAUCAAAGAAAGAGAGUAUCACGGGGACCAAACAAAAGAACUGCGAUUUUACAAAUGCGAUGACUGCUGCACAACUCUUCAUGUUGAAUGUUUACUUGGGGUGAACAUUUACAUGAAACCAUCUGGUAAUGCUAUAAAAGACUACGUUUAUUUUACAAAGUACUCGUAUGAAAGUGAAGGUACGGAAUGGAUAAAGGUUCGGAUUCUUCUCAACAGUUCUCUCUCCCGACCAAAUUGCACCGGAUGCAACCGACGUUGUCCGUUCCCAAUAGUUUUCAAAGGGUUUGAUAAGAAGAUAUUUUGUUCUUGGGAUUGUAUUGGAUAUGAUACCUGGUGA